CUGCACUACGGGACCCUCCUGGGCAGCAGAGCUUGUGCCCACAUGGCAGCAGCUGCCUGGGCCAGUGCCUUUCUCUAUUCACUGCUGCACACAGCCAAUACAUUUUCCCUGCCCCUGUGCCAUGGCAACGCCCUGGGCCAGUUCUUCUGUGAAAUUCCCCCAAUCCUCAAGCUCUCCUGUUCCAAAUCCUACCUCAGGGAACUGGGAUUUCUUGCUGUUAGUGUUUGUUUAGCAUUUGGUUGCUUUGUAUUCAUUGUUUUCUCCUAUGUGCAGAUCUUCAGGGCCGUGCUGAGGAUCCCCUCUGAGCAGGGACGGCACAAAGCCUUUUCCACCUGCCUCCCUCACCUGGCCAUGGUCUCACUGUUCCUCAGCACUGGAUCAUUUGCUAACCUGAAACCUCCCUCCAUGUCCUCCCCAUCCCUGGAUGUGGCCCUGUCAGUUCUGUACUCAGUAGUGCCUCCAAGCAGCUCAAGCUUCCCGUCGCUCCCUCGCAAUAGCCCUCACUAG